UCAACAAAAACGUCUGAGGAGUGCGGUCUGACCAAAAAUGAAAAAUCGGAAUUCAUAAUUUAUAGUAUUUUGCAAUUGCUUAUGUAGGUACUACUAAUAAUUGAAUUUUUAACACUGAAGUAAUUAAUAACAGGUUAUACCUAUCAGUUGUUGGUAUCAGUUGUUCAUCUCAAACAAGAACCAAUAGUAGCGUUAGCUACCUACUGUAUUCUGCGCCAACAGUUCCAAUUCAUCACAAAAUGACUUCAAUAGAUUUGGAUCCUGCCAUAAAAUUAUGCCUUAAAUAUUUGCAUUCAAAUGCAUCUGACUCGACAGAGCAAUUGCGUUUAACCUUAGAUGAUAUGAUUCGUCAAACCUACGGAAAUUCUAAAACCCUUGGGAACGUACUACCGAAAAAAUAUCUAAAUGAGGAAAAAACAGCGUCUCCAUCGCGGUCCAAACAUAAAAGUGACAAGGGAUCUAGUAGUUCAAAGACGAUACCGAUUCCUCAACAAAGUCCUCAGCAAAUACAGAUUCCUGAAAGAGAUAAUGAUGAUGAUUCUGUAAUGGACGGAGAGUUAGCAUUUGACUUCUUACAAGAAGAUUUGACCUGUGUUGUAUGUAGACAGAUAGCUGUACAAGCUGGUAAUCGCUUGGUUGAGUGUGAUGCUUGUCAUGCCCUGUAUCACCAGGAUUGCCACAAGCCUGUUAUUAGUGACAACGACAUGAGUUCUGGUUGGCAGUGUGCUACAUGCCUGUCUUCACAAACAUAUUCAACGACAUACACUACAAAACCAAAAUCUCCUACCAUUAUAUCUGAACCUACAACUCCUGUUAAGAUUACUGCAACUACUACAGCGUCUUCCCCGCCAUCGAAAGUUGUUACACCAAAUAUUAAUAUUGUGUCAGCUGAUAAACGGAUCCAAAUUAUGAAGAAGAAAGCGGCCAAGCAACAUGAAAAGAAGAAAAGUAAAUGACAGUUCCGAAUUUAGUUUUUUUUUCCGAUGUUUGUUUGUUUAUGACUAAUGAUUUGUAAAGUGGAAGCUUAAUAGUAACUAUAGUUAAUAGUUAAUACUGUUAUAAUAGCAGUUCCUUUUUUUUAAAGGUUAUGUUUAAGAUUGUAUAGAAUAAUAAUAGUUAGGCCUUAGGUAUAGACUAUAAGCAUGUAUUAUUAUAACAUAUUGUAUAUUAUAAAGCAUUUUAAAUUCAAUUCUUCUUUCAAAAGUUUUGUGAUAAUGUGGGACUCAGUUUUUUUUACUUUUUGUAAAUGGCUAAUUGAAUAAGUUGACUAUGUCAUAUUGGGUACUAUACUGAGAAACGUAGAACACAGAGCUUUAAUCUGGUUCACAAUCUGCCAUGCUCCUGUUAGCACAAGGUUGGAUGCCUU